AUGUACUUUAGGGAAAGAAGAACCUAAUCUAAUUAAAAAUAAUAUCAAGGUUAUGAGGAAGCCAAAAAUUAAUUAGACCUAAUUGACAAAUUCAAAAAUCCUACCUAUGACAUCCCCAUGAGUCAUCAACCCAGUCAAAAGAGCGGAAUUAGACAAUUAAAGCAAAUGGAUAAUUCCUUUUAAAUUCCAAAGGUAAUUGCAUUCUCUGAAGAAAAAUUAAAUCAAGAAGUGGCUCAAAUGUAAUUAGCCUUGGAUAAAUAGAGUCAAACUCUCAAACGACUUUUGAAAGAACAAAAAGAAGUAACAUUAUAAAUGGAUAAUCAAGAUUGAUAGAACUCAAGUUUUAAAGCAAGAACUUGAUCAUCUCAAAACUCAAGUCCAUACCCUUCAUCUAAAAUUGCCCAAGCUUCCCCAAUAAGAGCAAUUAUACGAAAUAAAGCACGAAAUCACCUCAUUAAGAUAUUCCUUCUUCCAACAAGUCCAUUAGUCCCAACAACCAAUUAUAUAACCCCCAUAGAUCAUCUAUUAACAAUUGCCUUAACCUAUUUCACAACAAUCCUUUUUAUAAGGCUACUCACCUUAUAAUCAACAAUACCUGCAUUCGGGAUCCCAACAAAAAUAUCAUCCAUAUCAAUAUUUAAUGAAUCCCUAUAAGUAUCCCUAUAAUCCUGAUUCCAAAAGAGACGGCUAAAAUUCAGAAGAAAAACGAUCCUACUCAAAAUCAACAGGGAAAGUCAAAGUAAAAACUAAAACCAAAACUUAAAACUCAGCUUCUCAAGUUUCUAAUUCUAAAAGAAGUAGUCGGCAUUCAAUCCCUUUAAAUUCUAAAGGAUCGAAUCAAAAAACUAAAUAAAGCUUUUUUAUUGAAGUAUUGUCUAAAUUAAUUAAUUUUUGUAGAAUAAUAAUGAUUUUCAUUUAUAAAUAAAAGAAGAAAAGUCUAAAUUAAGAAAUAUUUUCAAUUUUGUGAGGUUGGCUAUGAGGUGGAAAAUCUACUGUUAACCCAAUAAAAUCUAUUGGAGAAAACUUCAUAAACAUUAAGCAUAAUGUAAAGCCAUAAUCUAAAAAACAUCAUAUCCAGUAGCAUUAAAACGAAUCAAGGAUUGGUGUAAAAUGGUAUUGGCUAAAGUCGAUAACUAUUUAAGUAAAAUUAAAGAAAUAGAUUUCAUUGUAAUUAACAAUUAUUAUCAUAGAAUCCAGAAAAACCAUUAACCGAGAAAGAAAUUGAUUAAUCAUAUAUGUAACUUACUAUUUCAACUAAAUUUUUAAUGACAAGUCUACUAACCUAUUGCACUAAUGAUUUUAUGAUCCCAGAACUCAAAUUUCUAUCAUAUUUACAGUUUUUCGAUUAAUCCAGUAUUGACAGAGGCUUGUUUAUGUCAAAGAGAGUAUUAUUUUGGAAAGAAAAUUAAUUAGAUAUGACUAAAACCUAAUAAUAGAUGAUUAUAGGUGAUUUAGUUAUCCUUGUACAAAUUCUACCUGCCUUAAUGGAAAUCUCAGGCUCAUAUUUUCUUAUUAAGUGCAUGGUGUCACUAGUCUAAAUGCAUUUUAUGAAAUAUUUUGAUCUUAAAAUUGUAAACCAAAAUCCAAAUUACAGAUUAAUCUAAUUGAAUGUAAUAGAAUAUGUGAAUGGAAAAUUAACAGUGAAAUUGCAAAAAGUUUAAAAUCUUGAAGAUGAGAGGUACAUAGUCGGAAUAUAUGAUGAAUAUCAAUUCCAAGGAUUUUUUUAAAAAAGACCCCAUUUUCAAGAUGAUAUGUAAAAAACUCUUUCUGAAAUACAUACUAAUUUAUUGGAUGCAUUAAUUGCUAAAUGA